UCCCUCGCGCGCCCGGCCAGUUGAAAACAUCUUCGCGCUCGGGAGGUGAUCCAGGAUUUGAGAAGAGGAGAGGACGGGGAGACAUCACCCACACAGCUCGACAACCAUGCACAUACUCGGGGUCCCUUUUUUGCUGUUUUGGCUCAUCUGGGGCCACUCCUGCGCUCUCGGCGGAAAAGUCAACAAGCACAAACCGUGGAUAGAGACAUCUUACCAUGGUGUGAUCACAGAGAACAUGGACACGGUGCUCCUGGACCCUCCGCUGGUAGCCCUAGACAAGGAUGCCCCAGUCCCCUAUGCUGGGGAGAUUUGUGCCUUUAAGAUCUACGGUCAGGAUGCUCCAUUUGAGGCAGUGGUGUUAAAUCGCACAUCAGGAGAAGGAGUCCUGAGGGCCAGUAGCCCUGUGGACUGUGAGAGCCAGAAGGAGUAUACCUUCAUAAUCCAGGCCUACGACUGUGGGGCCGGACCCAGCGGGGCCGACUGGAAGAAAUCACACAAGGCGGUGGUUCACAUCCAGGUGGAUGAUGUCAACGAGUUCUGUCCCGUGUUUCGGGAGCCACUGUACAAGGCGUCUGUGACAGAAGGCAAGAUCUACGACAGCAUUUUGCAGGUGGAAGCUUGGGACCAAGACUGUUCACCACAGUACAGCCAGAUCUGCAACUAUGAAAUUGUCACUGCAGGGACGCCAUUUGCCAUAGACCGCAAUGGUAACAUCAGGAACACAGAACGCCUGAGCUAUGAUAAGCAGCAGAGCUACAAGAUUAUGGUGACGGCCUUUGACUGUGGUCAGAAGAGAGCAAAGGAGGAUGUGGCUGUGCAUAUUGAUGUCAAACCUGUCUGCAAACCUGGAUGGCAAGGAUGGAACAAGCGGGUGGAAUAUGAGCCAGGGACUGGAAGUAGGCAGCUGUUUCCCAAGAUGCACCUGGAAACGUGCGGAGGUCCCCUGUCUGGCGUGAAGGCGAUGGUAGAGCUGCAGACCAACCACAUCGGGAAGGGCUGUGACCGUGAAACAUACUCUGAGAAGUCUCUGCAAAAACUCUGUGGUGCAGCAUCAGGCAGCACCGACCUCCUUCCUGCCCCCAGCCCUUCCACAAACUGGACCGCAUCUCUGCUGACUGAUAGUGGCCGAGACAGCGACCUCAUCUACAGAUUCGACGGGCAUCAGGCUGCUAAUGUUCCAGAUCACGUGGUGCCCCAAAACCUGACAGACCAGUUCACUAUAGCAACAUGGAUGAAACACGGGCCCAGUCCAGGACUCAGAGCUGAGAAGGAAACCUUACUGUGUAACUCUGAUAAGACUGAAAUGAACCGCCACCAUUACUCUCUGUAUGUUCACAACUGCCGCCUGGUGUUUCUGCUUAGAAGAGAUUUCACUCAGGUCGACACUUUCAGACCCGCCGAGUUCCACUGGAAACUGGAGCAGAUCUGUGACAAGGAAUGGCACUAUUAUGUGAUCAAUGUGGAAUUUCCUGCAGUGACACUCUUUGUGGAUGGUGUGACUUAUGAACCCUACCUGGUGACAGAUGACUGGCCGAUCCACACCUCGAAGAUUGAUACACAGUUAACUGUGGGUGCCUGCUGGCAAGGUGGUGAGGUCGCAACCCCCAGGUUCACCCAGUAUUUCCAUGGCAGCCUUUCAGGUCUGACAAUCCGACCUGGCCGCAUUGAAACACAGAAGGUUAUCUCCUGUUUGCAGGCCUGCAAAGAAGGCCUUGAUAUUAACUCCCUUGAAAGCCUCGCUAAGGACAUCAAGUUCCAUUUUAACCCCGCCCAGUCUGUUCUGGUGGUGGAAGGAGAGGAUGUGGACAGCAUCAACACGGCCAUGACCAAGGUUUCCUACAUUAACUCUCGCCAGUUCCCCACGCCAGGUCUCCGGCGGCUACACAUCACCACCACAGUACAGUGUUUCGGGGAGGACACGUGUCUUUCCAUCCCAGACAUCAAGGCGGUAGUGAUGGUCCUGCCGCCUAGUGAACCGAGAAUCACCAUUACAGGAUCUAAUCGACUCGUCAGGCCUGCUGGUGACCUGCGGGGGCCGCUGGGUGUGGCACCCUUCAAAGAGCUUCACAUCACCAGCACAGUGAUGAAGGGAGACAGCUUCGGUGGAUCCCGCAGACCAGGUGUGAUGGAGGUGAUGCAUAACCUGGACUACUGUGAUGUGCUGGUAAUUGGGGAAGAACUGAAUCCUGAGAGAGAGAGUCUGGAGAUUCAUCACAGUGCUUUGUUGGGAAAACAUCUCGAUGCCACCAACUCCACCUCUGGAAUAUCAAUAUAUGGCGUGGACUCCAUGGCCCACUAUGAGCAGGCACUGAGACAGGUGCACUACAGGAACUGGCGACCUGCCACCCUGAGUGAGAGAAGAUUCAGACUCACUUGCUCUGAACUCAACGGACGUUACACCAGCAAUGAGUUUAAUUUAGAGGUCAGUGUUCUUCACCACUCAGCACCUGUAGAACACGUCAAUCACAUGGCUGCCCAGCCUCAGUACAUGAGACCCGUCCAUCACCCACUCAUGAUACACACUCUCAACUCACACAUGUCAGGACCAGCACCUCCAGCAGCCACAGUAGUUAUUGUGGUUUGUAUCGCUGCCCUGGUGGUGAUUGUGGUCAUCGGCGUGUACAGGAUCCAUGCAACACAUCAGGACGGGUUCAGAGAAGAUGAGGAUGGAGGCAAAGACCCUGAAGAAGAAUGGGACAACUCUGCACUCACCAUUACUGUUAACCCCAUGGAGAACGUAAAAGGAGCUCAGGCGCUUGAUGAAGAGGUAAAAGAAGAAGAACGUGAGGAGGAGGAGGAGGAAGAAGAAGAAGAAGAUGAGGAACAGGUGGGAGGAAUGACAAGUGCUGAGUCAGACAACAGUGAUGAAGACGAAGAGGAGGAAGAAGAAGACGAAAGAGAAGAGAUGAAAGAGAGGAAGCAGAAGGGAAAACUAGAGUGGGACAGUUCCUCCAUAACAUACUGACGACACACAUUAACAUAUACUGGCACAUGCAAACACAUGUUCAUCUCUAUCUCUCUAUCAACCACACACACACACACACACACACACACACACACACACACACAGAAAGAAAAUCUCUGAUAAAAUUAUUUACAAUCUGUUGCUGGAAAAAAUACUUUGAAUCUUCCCAUGUUGUCAUCUUUAAUGAAACAUCUCCCUCUGCUGGACAAAGUCAGAACUACAGAGUCAGCUGCAGUCCCACAGUGCUGUACAACAUUAUCUGUAUGUACAUUAUUAUUCACAUCACAGCCAAUGAAGCAAAAUAUAUGAUGAAUAUCAAACAAGCACAGUCUUCUCAUUAUGUGUGCACAAUAAGCUGAAGUUUCGCUGAUAAAACUGUAUCCAAACUCAAACAAGAGCAGCAAACAUAUGUCAGAUCUGAAAUAUAGUGACACAAAUUCCCUCAAUUUCUUACAUUAGCAAAGAUAAUUUAAGACAUUUAACAUUUGCGAUAACAUACGUCCUCAGAUUACAUUUGUAUUGCUCAUUUUUCAAACUGGUUGUCUGCAGUAUGAUGGGUUAUUAACAGAUUUAGCAUCACAAUGUACCCAUAUACAUAUCCAUUAAUGUAUCCAUAAACUUUCAAUAUAGUUCCUUUGACCUAUAUAGUAAUAACAUAGCUGUGCUGUCACUAAGUGUAUAUCCUCUGUUCUCAUCUCUAACUCAAACCAGACCCUGUAAAGCCUGUGUGAUGAGUGCAUCACAGUGCUGUGGUUCUGUAGCCGGGGAAAACCUGAUCCUGGAUAUGUUAUCUCUUACCAUAAACAUUACAUAUGUGUCCUGAUUCAUAUUCAGAGCAGAACUAUUAACUGUUUAAUGUCUUUCUCAAGAGUAUUUUAAAAUGAUCACUGUUCCAUGAGCCAAUGAGCUAAUCGGAAAAGCUGAUUGUGGUUCAAAUACGGUAAAAUACUCGGUUUUUUUUUUUCAAAAAAAGCCUGUUUGUUUGCAUCUGUCUGUGUACCAAAUCUACCCAUACUGUGGCCUAUUGUAGCCUUUGCUGUUUAGGGUUAGUCAGUUAAUCAGUUAUCUUUCUUUUUACAGCAGAUGAAAUGAUACAGAGAUGUUCCUGUAUGCUACUUAUAUAUCUUUCCUCUGUGUUUAAUUCCAUAGUAAAGAGAGCCCUCUAUGCAAUUAUGGGCCCAGUAUCAGAGACCAGUACAAACCGGGGUACUCCAGCGAUUUGGUAUUGCACAUUCAUAAUGUUUAGAAACAGAUUUUAAAAAGGGUCAAAAUUGCAACAGAGUCAGAGAUAUUCUGACUAUAGUGCCUAGUAAAGGUUAAUCUCCGAAACACUGGAUUCUACACUUCCCACAAUGCAACUCAGUAGCAUUUCUUUUUAGACCUGCCUGGCAAAUGCCCAGGGGCUGUUUUCACAAAUGUAUCGUUUGCAUAAAGCUAGUUCUUGAUUAUUAAUUUGCUAUGAGUUCUGGCUCAGCUCCGUUCACUCCAGCAGGAAAUGCUUGCGUUCAACAGAUACAAUGACAUUUUACUGGGAAGAUUCAACGAAGAGUCUAAAGGGAACUUCCAGUUGCAUAAAAUCUCCACACAGUGCAGACCUGUAGCUGAGACGCUGUGGUUUCUUAUUGUGGCAGGGUUCAGUAUUUCUGCUAACUUGUCAAUCAGACUCAGGAUAGUUUCACUGGGCAAACAGAAACAACUGACGAUUUCCUCACUGCUGUAGCUAUAUUUCCAACAGGUUACUGCGCUCUCUAAAAACUUUUUCUUCUCAUUACUCGCUCCACAAUGUUGUCAGCAAACCAAUAAUUACGAGCCGUCACUUGGUGCCACUGAUUGUUACCAUGGAAACGUGCCUCUUGGUUCGGAGUUAGCCUGGGGAUUACUGACUUUUUAGGGUAAAAUAAGUCUUUAUUCUUUUGAAACUGUCUUUGUCGCAUUAGACUAAUCUGAGAGCAGAGUUGAGACUGGCCUAACACUACAGACUAGUCUAAAAUAUCUGAGAAACUGUAAGGCAGGUUUUCUGUUGAAGGGCCGCUGUGUAACAUUUUAGAGGAUCCAUUGGCAGAAAUAGUCAUAGGUAUAUUUUCAUUAGUGUAUAAUCACCUGAAUAUAGGAGUCAUUGUGUCUUUGUUACCUUAGAUUGAGCCGUUUAUGUCUACAGAUGCCGUUGGUCGCCUACCGUGGAGUCCACCGCAUUGAAUCACCAUGUUUCUACAGUAGCCCAGAACGGACAAACCAAACACUAGCUUUAGAUAGGGCCUAGAGAGCCUCAGUGAGUUUUUCUUGCAGAUUACACCAUCAGGGUAAUUUUCUUAGAUGUGACAAAGCUCCUCCAGAACCACAGAUGACAUUAUAAAUAUAUAUAUAUAUUAUAUAUAAUUAAAACCGUUGACUGACUCAUGCUCCUUUUGACGAGUAAGCGUUAAAUUGGUGGAGUGCCCCUUUAAAGUCAGGCGAAGACCCACAGAGCUAAAUUCUGGAGAAAAGAAGCAGAGUGAUUGUUUAUUUUACUGGUGUAAUCAAGUCGGCCCAACUUCACUACAAGUACAAGAAGAAGUGAAAACUACAUUGAUAUUAAUUCCAUUUUGUACCUUCGUUAUUGCAGAUUAAGUAAACUAACAAAAUGUAAGUCCAUGAGUUUGUCUACACUCAAACUAUCUAAAAGUAAAUCCAUUCCUGUUUCUACUCAGAGAAAUCACCUCUCACAUACUGUUCAUAUCCAGACAGUAUCAGUGAUUAUUACUCCCUCUGAGCUCUUGAACUGAUACGUCUCCUGUUCACCUUCCCCUCCCUCUGUUGGCCUUUAAGCACCUGUGAUUGUGAUGUCAUCAUUGUGAAACAACUGCCUUGUUUCCCUCGUCUCCCUUUGUCAUAUUGUGCUUCUGAAAGAUUAAAGAGAAAAAGAUUCUUUUACAUAUAAAAACAAACCCUGUAAAAAUGUUCAAGACAGUUAUUUUAUAUAUCCGUUUCUUUUUCUUUUUGUAAACAAAAUGGUUGGGAUUUCUCUCUCUUUAGUGGUCAUCCCACUGCUUUCUGUAUAUUGACCAAUAAAGACUUGUUUUAGACUCUA